CGUAUUAAAUUACCUUAUAUAAUCAAUUGUAAAAUUUUAAACUCUGCAUUAACAAUAAGAACAGCAUUCAUUAUGAUUGGGCUACUUUUGUUUCUGACUGUUUUGGCGACAGCUCUGGCGGGAAAGUACCACACAGGAAUUCCAGGGGAGAAGCCCGGCAGGUGCUCUAGGUCUGACGUCAUCACGGAUUGUCUCUGUCCUCCCGGUCCUCCUGGGUGCACUAGUGACUUCGACUGUCCAUAUAAUCUUAAAUGCUGUUCCUACGGAUGUGGAUGUCGUCGUGAGUGCCGGGCACCAGAUUUUUCAACCGGUCCCCAGAGAGGUUGUUUUUACAAUGGUCGUUACUACUCCGAAGGACAGAGUUUUCCUGCCAUAGACGGAUGUAAUACUUGUUUCUGCUCAGGAAAUGGCAACAUCGGUUGUACAUUGAUAGGAUGCUUGGACGUCUGUAGUCAACCACUUAAGCCUGGUAAUUGCUACGGUUACUUUCAAAGAUGGUGGUAUAACAGAGCUACAAAUGAAUGCAUCCCUUUCAUCUACGGCGGCUGUGAUGGAAAUGAGAAUAACUUCGUAACAAGGCAAUCCUGCCUUCAGCGAUGCAGCAGAAAGAAAUAUUAAGCACAUAUGAUGCUGACCUGAAAAUACAUCUAUACAAAAUGUUUUCAACACAAACAGAUUUGUUGCUUAUCUGUUACUGCUGUUUAUUACAUUUGGAAAAUGUAAUAAAAUUGUUCUCUGAAUGUCAUGUUUCAUAUUUUACACACAGUAGAG